AUGUCGACCGACGGACACCCGUACCCUCGCAUCCCUCUGCCCAAAGACGCUCCCUUCGUGCUGAAGGAGGCUACGGACGGCAAGGGAUGGGGAGCCUUUGCCACGAGGCGCCUCAACAAGGGAGGAUUGAUCAUGCGUGAACUGCCCUUGUUCGUGAUCGACAGGUUCCAGGACCUCAAUGAAGAAGCCCUCGCCAUGAAAUUCUUCAAUCUACCGCUUGACAAACAGAAGAUGGUUACAAUGGCCCGUGACAACGGCGGCCGCUUCUUCAGAAGGUUUAUCCCCUGGUUUAUUCAGAACUCUUUCAACGUUGACAACAGAGGCGUUGGAUUCUAUCUCGUCCAGUCGCGCUUCAACCACUCGUGUCAGCCCAACUCGUCCGUUCCGCACACUGACAACAAGCACGAUCGUUGGCUGGUGAGAACCGCCAUUGCGGAAAUUGAGGUUGGCGAGGAGAUUACCUUCUGUUAUCAAAUCGAACUCGUCAGCAAGACCAGACUUGAGCGACAUGACCAGUUGUUCUUUGAGUGUCGUUGCGAGUGCUGCUUGCUUCCCCCUGCCGCUUCGCAGCUCAGCGACAUGCGUCGAAACUUCAUGAAGGCACUUGACUACCUUGCCUUCGGUGCUCUUCGCAAUGGUGAAAUCGACACCUCUGAGCGUCCUCUCAUCUGCGACCCCGUCUUGAAGAAGGCAGCUGAGAACAAUGCUCUCCCCAUCACGAGCCAGUUCGUCAACAACAUUCUGUACAUGGCCAUCGCCGAGCACGAAAAGGUGGCUGCCGUCAUUGUUCGCUUCUUCAGCUCCAGUAUCUACACUCUGGCGAACUGCUUCCGGUCGGAGCGCAACGUCAUAAUUGCCAACCACGCCUUGCAGCAGGACACCUGGCUGAAGAAGUUGGAUGUGGCCUUGCUCAUCUUCGGACAGCCGGAUGAGGCUGACAACAUUGUCAACGAGGAGAUUUGCAAGAUCCGGGAGGCUCGCAUGGCCUACUACCUGGAGAAUGAAACUGAUUAA